AGUCGUUCGGUCCGAGGCCGGCGAGGUGGGUGUGGGUGUCUGCGUUUCUCCCCCGGCUGGGUGAGACUGACCGUUGGGAGCCUCCCUCCUCGGAGUCGCCGUCCUAGUACGCUACCUCCCCUCCCUGGCUCUGCCCCCAUAGACGAGCCGGGAGCCGGGAGCCGGGGAGGGGAGGACGACGAGGAGGAGAGAAGGGGAGGAGCCCACCCGGAGCCCACCCCUUUCGUCCGUUUCCCCCUCUAAGCCUUCGAGCUGGAGCAGGAGCAGGAGGCGGAACCCAGGACUCUGGACCCGGGGCCGGUCCAGGUUCAGGAGGUUCCAGAGCAGACUCAGCUUUCGGUGGAAGGACUUCUGCGGACCUUGCUGAAGAUGUGGGCGGAGGGGCAGGACACCUGCAUCUCCCUGGGGGUGAUGCUCUGCGUGGUUCUGAUCGCCGGGGUGGCGCGAGUCCUGAUCCGCAGGCACACCCGCUCCACGUUCAUCCGCGUCUUCACGGCCGAGCUGCUGGGCACCUUCCAGCAGUGCUGCUGUUCUCACGAGCUCCAGGUGCUGAGCGAUUUGGGGCCGGCCAACCCCAGCUGGACCCUGACCGUCAUCUACUUCCUCUCCUUGGUCCAUGGCCUGACGCUGGUGGGCGCCGUCAGCAACCCAUGCGGGGUCCUGGAGCAGCUGUCGCUGGAGCAGAUGCCCCUGUGGUUGGGCUUCCUCAAGAUCUUCGCGCAGAUUCUCAGCUCGGCAUUCAGCCGGACUUUCAUGGUCUGGGUCUGGAGCCUGGGCGUUUCCAAGCGGCACUUUGUCGAGAGGGCUCUGAAGUGUGCCGACCCCAUACGCAUCCCUCUGCCGGAGGCGUUCCUCGUGGAGAUGCUCUGCUCCUUCAUCUUCCACAGCACCGUGAUGCAUUUCCAGGAGGUCAGGCUCAAGUUUCGAAUCCACAUGCAGGCAGCCCUCAUCACGUUUUUGGUCUUUUCAGGCGGAAAUCUAACAGGAGCUGUAUUUAAUCCAGCUUUGGCCCUUUCACUACAUUACCAGUGCUUUCAUGAGUUAUUCUUCAACUAUUUAAUUGUGUAUUGCCUGGCUCCUUCUUUAGGUAUAAUGUUGAUGGUUUUGAUGUUCAUCCAUUUCCUUCCUUGGCUGCAUAACAUGAAUAGAAUUAAUAAAAACGAGUAGUACUUAUCAAAGACUAAUACUAAGUUAAAUUGCAGUCCAGCUGGAUGUGAAGCAGUCACCAAGUUCAAUCGCUUCAUGUUCUAAAUGCCAGUUGCACUUUUCUCCAAAUGUCAGAUUUCUUUGAGGAUGCUGUCUUACAGUUCCCAUCACUGAGACAUUUAAAAAAAUCAAUGUGAAAUUGAGGUCUCCUGUGUAAAGACUUGUUCUUUUGAAUGAUGUAUAUUAAAAUGCUGCUGGAAAGGA